CCCAAAAUACCUGAAGCCCUUUGCUUUGUAUGGAAGCGGUCAGCAUCGCUAACGGGGUUCAGGUUACGUCUUGCCGGAGAUAAUGAGGACCGUUAUUGUGCUGUCACUGCUGCUGCUGAACAUACAUCAUGCCAUAUCAGCACCUAAGGGUGUCACUGCCAGUCUCCAAGCAAAGUGGAGCAUGACGCCUUUCCUCCUGGAGACAAGCGAGUUUAUUGGAGAAGAUGGAAAUGAGAAAUUCUGGCAGUUUGUUGACACUGUGAAAGAGCUCACUGUAUACAAGCAAGGAGAGUCUGUGCGGUCGUACUACAACUUGAUCCUUAAGAAGGCUGGCCAGUUCCUCACAGAUCUUCAAGUUAAUCUCCUCAAGUUUGCUCUGUCCCUUCGGUCAUACUCACCAGCUGUUCAUGCAUCCCAGCAGAUCGCCAGUGAUGAACCUCCGCCGGAGGCUUGUCCUGCCUUUGUCUCCGUCCAUGGUCAACAUAGCUGCAGUACCAAGGACCUCAAGAAACUCCUGAAGGCAGCUGCAGGCAGGCCAAAACCAUAUUUGUAUAAGAACGAUCACACAUAUCCGGGGCACAAUAAAACUGAUGUGCCAGUUGUGAUCCUCUAUGCUGAGAUUGGUACCAAGAAGUUCACCUCGUUUCAUAAGGUGCUGUCAGAGAAGGCCGGAGAGGGGACACUUGUAUAUGUGCUGCGGCAUUUUGUAGUGCAUCCAAAGCCUCAAAAGAUGCUUUUAUCUGGGUAUGGUGUUGAGCUGGCUAUCAAAAGCACUGAAUACAAAGCUGUGGAUGACACCAAAGUAAAAGAUAUAAACGCUGAGGAUGAUAACAAUGAUGAAGUCCAAGGGUUCGUUUUUGGAAAAUUGAAGAAAUCUCACCCUGAGCUCCAGGAGCAACUCCUCGAGCUUCGCAAACAUCUCCUGGAGAGCACCAAUGACAUGGUCCCUCUCAAAGUGUGGGAAAUGCAAGAUCUUAGUGUCCAGGCAGCUGCCAGAAUCAUGUCCAUGCCAAAGUUUGAAGCUUUAAAACUCAUGCGAGACCUCAGUCAGAACUUCCCAAGCAAAGCCAGAUCACUGACAAGAGUGGCCGUAAAGCAGGAAAUGAGAAAAGAAAUUGAGGAGAACCAAAAGCUACUCGGUGAGACCAUUGGUGUUCACCCGGGAGAUGGGGAGCUCUUCAUUAACGGACUGCACAUUGAUCUGGACAUUCACAACCCUUUCAGCAUUUUAGACAUCCUCAGAGGAGAGGCCAGGGUCUUGGAGGGGCUUCAUAACCUAGGCAUAAAAGGAGAACAUCAGGGCAAGCUGCUGAGGUUACCUGUGAACGCUGUGGAUGACAGCUAUGCCUUAGAUAUCAGACAUCCAGCUAUAAUGUGGAUAAAUGACAUAGAGAAUGACCCACCCUACCGCAGCUGGCCCACAGGUGUACAGGAGCUCCUCAGAGCCACCUUUCCUGGAGUCAUCCGGCAGAUCCGACGCAAUUUCUUCAACCUGGUGCUGUUCCUAGAUCCAGUACGGGAAGAAAGUGUUGAGCUGGUGAAACUAGCAGAGCUUUUCUACAAGCACAAGAUCCCCCUGAGAAUUGGAUUUGUGUUUGUUGUCAACUCGGAGGACGAGAUUGAUGGCUUCUCAGAUGCAGGGGUUGGAUUUUACAGGCUGUUGAAUUACAUUGCAGACGAGUAUGAUUUAUCCCAGGCUCUGAUGUCCAUGGUCUUAUUGUACAACAAAGUAGAUGUAGGGGAGACGCUGUCUGUUGAUACAAUCUCUGCCUACCUGAAGAGAAAAUUCCCUAAGGCCAAUGCUGAGAGGAUUCUUGGUGUAGAAUCCGAGUAUGAUGACAAAAGAAAGGACGGUGCCCUGUUGUACAAAAAGAGUGGCCUGGGUGCCAUACCAUUGGCUUUAUUUAAUGGAGUCCCUCUGAGCCCCGAUGAGAUGGUCCCAGACGAGCUGGAAACCAUCAUCCUGCAGCGCAUAAUGGACACCACCACCGCCUUCCAGAGAGCUGUCUUUAUGGGCCAGUUGACCGAGGGCUCAGAUGUGGUGGACUAUCUGAUGGAGCAGGCCAAUGUGGUUCCCAGGAUGAACCCUCUUAUUUUAAGCACUGAACGGAAGUACCUGGACUUUACUGCCAAACCAGUUGUGGACGAUUGGGAGGACACGACUAUGUUUUCAUUCUAUGACUCCAGAGACAAAACAGCUGUGAUGGCAAAGAGAAUGAAGUACUUUACAAAUAACGACGAGGAUGGGAUGAGUGCUGUGAGCAUUUGGAUAGCCGGAGAUUUUGAGAAGGGCUCGGGAAGAAAACUGUUACUCAAUGCUCUGAAACAUGUGAAGUCCAGCCCUGGAGUGCGAGUGGGGGUGAUCGAUAACCCCAGUGGAAAGCCCAGCGAAGAUAACACUGUGCUGUACAGGGCUAUCUGGGCCUCUCUCCUCACCCAGAAGAAUAAGGCUGCAGCAGAGUUUGUGCAAAAACUCCUGAAAGAGGAGAGCAGCCAGCUCCUCCAAAAGGGGACUAAGAUAAAGGACUUACUGAUGCAGGGCAUGGACGGGGAUGCCUUUGAGAAAAAGUUCAACACACUGGAAGUGGAUUUUAUUCGCAGUCAGCGGCUGUUUUGUCGAGACGUCCUGAAAAUGAGUCCUGGACAAGCGGCAGUGAUCAGCAACGGCAGGAUCCUCGGUCCAUUUGAAGAGCAGGAAGAAUUCACUGUGGAGGAUUUCCAGUUGCUGGAGAAGAUUACACUGAGCGGUUCUGCAGAGAAAGUCAAAGUCAAUGUAAAACUAAUGGAGAUGAAGCCAAAGCACGCCAGUGACUUAGUCAUGAAAGUUGAUGCCCUCCUAACUGCAGCCCCCAAAGGAGAAGUCAGGAGGGAUGUCCACUUCAUCAAAGACAGUCACAGUGUGCUCCAUCUCUCCCCACGUGAACAUGAGGUGUUCUAUGAUGUUGUGGCCAUCGUUGACCCCCUCACUAGGGAGGCACAGAAGAUGUCCCCUCUACUGAUUGUGCUCAGUCAAGUGGUCAAUGUGAGACUGCAGGUGUUUAUGAAUUGCAGGGCCAAGUUGUCCGAGAUGCCCCUCAAGAGCUUUUACCGCUUUGUCUUGGAGUCUGAUGUGAAUUUCUUGGCCAACGACACAGUGUCUCCAGGACCGGUUGCCCGCUUCGUGGAUCUCCCAGAAUCUCCUCUUCUCACCCUUAAUAUGAUAACACCAGAGAGCUGGAUAGUGCAGGCUGUCCGCAGCCCCCACGACUUGGAUAAUAUCCACCUGCAGGAGGUGAGCGGAGUCGUAACAGCCGAAUACGAGCUGGAGCACCUCUUGCUGGAGGGCCACUGCUUUGACCUGUCAACCGGCCAGCCUCCCCGUGGACUGCAGUUUACCCUGGGCAUGAGUCAAAACCCGCUAAUGUAUGACACUAUAGUCAUGGCUAACCUGGGAUAUUUCCAGCUGAAAGCCAAUCCUGGUGCCUGGAUCCUGAGAUUACGUAAAGGGAGAUCAGAGGAUAUCUAUCAGAUCCUCACAACCAGCGCGCUGUAUGUGGUAGAUUUAAAGAAGUUUCGGAAGAUUGCAGCUGGGGACAGAUUACGGGGCCAGUACCAAGCUCUGAGCCAAGACCCCAACAGUCUGUCCAACCUGGACCAGGACCUUCCUAACAACAUGAUCCACCAAGUGGCCAUCAAGUCUCUUCCACAGGAGUGGCUGUGGUGUGAGACGUGGUGUGACGACACUUCCAAAGUCACAGCGAAGACUAUCGACCUGUGCAAUAACCCAAAGACCAAGGAGCCCAAGCUAACGGCCGCAGCGAGGAUUGUGCCUGAGUGGGUUGAAUAUGACAACGAGAUAAAAGAGCUACUGAAGCGGGCUCAGAAACAGGGAGACACAGCGGCUCCAUCUCCCUUACAACAUAACAAACAAGACAACCGGCGUGAUGAACUUUAGCGCCUGGCAGCACCAUCCUGAAAGAGGAACGAGACGCAGCACCUUUUCCACGCAGGCCACCUGUGAAGCUCGACAGACAAUUCCAUCUAAACAUAGGCAUGGAGUGUUGCAUCCCCAGCAGGAUGUGAUAUUUUUACAGAGAUCCUGCAGUCAAUACGUCUUACAAAACUAACAUCUGUUAACUGUGAACUUGUGGUGUGCUAUUAGCACUACAAUAAGGUCCCUGGAAAAUGAAGUGAACACAGAAAGAAGACCUCCGCCAUAAAUUCUAUUAGUGAAAACUGAUUUGUGAUUUCCCGCUACACCCUUCCAUCAAGUUUCAUGAAAACCAGGUCAGUCACUUUUCCCUAAUCCUGCUGACAAACAAAUAAACAAACCGAACAUAACCUUCUUGGCGGAGCUAAAAAUCAAAGUCAAGUAAAAGCUCUCUAUUAGGUGUGUGUUGGAGAAUAAAUAGUAUAUUGCACUGAUAAUAUAUGCAGAAAAGAAGAAGGAACAUCUCUAAGAAUAUAAUCCCAAAGGAUUGUUUUUAUCAUGGAAAACUGUUAUAAAAAUGAUAUUGCAUUUAGGUAUUCUAAAUUUGAGGAAGUUUAAAUUGUGACUUGAAGCUAGUCUGUUUUUAAAUGUUAUAGUUUGCUACAAAUUUGUUACAAUAGAAUUUAGGGGACUGCAGAUUAUUAAUGGGUGUAAUUGUUAUUUUUCUUACAUUGUCCUGUCGCUUCUGUAUUCUGAAUCUAAAACAGAAAGCUGAAUCCUUCUGCACCCAGUGAUGAAGUUGUUGUUUUGAUAUUUGCUGGUGCUUUAUUUGGCCUGCCUCCAGCCUCCAGCUGCUUCUCAAAAACAACUCAGAUUAACAAUCAGACACCGACUCUCACACAACACCAUCAGAUGUAAUUGGCUUGGCGGAUGGCUAAAAAUGGAAAGUUCAGGAGUGAUAACGUUUGAAAAUGAUCAGUAGUUCAGCAUACAGUUUACACUCUUGUUUUAAGAACACUGUGCGUCAUGAUCACCGUCCAAGGGGCUGGUCCUCUGACCCCUGUGAUGCGGGAGAUGUCUGAUCAGCAGGAUCCCCGCUAUAUUAUUUCAGAUAACUUCCCCUUAUUUAAAUGUUUAGCAACAUUGUCUUCAUCACAGCUUGUUAUACAAUUCAGGAAUCAUGUAUUUGGUUUGUGACAUUCAGAUCUCAUACGGGAGCUGGUUCACGGAUUGCAAAUUCUGCAGCUGAAAAAUGGUUUGUUUAUUAGCUUUCAUUUAAAAUUAGAGAAUUUUCUCCUCUUUCUUUUUGCCAUAAAUGUUCUUGGUGGGAGGGUUUUUUUUUUUUUUUUUUCAAUGUCAAGGGGAGGGUCCAAUGAAAAUAUAAAUAAGGGAGGGGAGUGCCACACCAUUUCAUCUGUGAAAAAGAUUCAGCCCCCUUCCCCACCCAAAGAAUUUUCCUGCUGACCCUUAGAACAGCAAUUAGCACAGGCUAUUUACAGUUCGCUAAACCCCGCCCCCCGAACAGCGAUUGCCCAAUAGUAGCUCAGCAACUGUAGUAACUAAGGGGGGGCUUAACAUCCUCCGUCUGUCCCUGGAAAAGUCAUGUGACUUUAGCCAGGCAAGGUGGAGAUCAAAGGAUCCUCAUUUGCACACUGAAGCUCAUGGUUUAUGGGUAGGAUGCAUGAUUUUAACUUAUUACAGUAUGUUUGCAUUUUACGUACAUUCAGCUUCCCUGCAUGACAUUUUUAGAAAUCAUUUUUGAAUAUUUGAAUCCCUCAAUGAACCAGUGUUUUUGUCUCAGGAAUAAGAUGGUGUUGCUGCUCAACCGAAGCCAACUGUAGUUUCUUUUGUCUCGAGUCAUUUAAAGAAAAUGUUCACUGUACUGUGUUUAUAUAACUGUCUGCUGGAAGAAAUAAAUCUUUGCUACAAAACAGUCA